UAUUUGUCCAUUCCUCUUUCUAACAGGUUGUGUAGUGCUUUCCUGAGCAUGAAUUCAGAAUGAAGCGGCGAUUGGAUGAACAGGAGUCACCUGUGUACGCGUCACAGCAGAGACGUAUCGCCAGCAACACAGAACCAUUCCAACACCAGCAUCGUGUUCUUGCUCCAGCACCUCCUGUAUAUGAAUCUGUUUCGGAGACCAUGCAAUCUGCUACUGGGAUACAGUAUUCUGUAACGCCCAGCUACCAGAUGUCCACUGUGCCACAGAGCUCCAGCAGUCAUGGGCCCACUCUCGCAACUGCCCAUAGUGGGCAUCACCAUCCCAACCCACCCCAGCCUCAUGGCAGCCAAGUGGUGCAGAGUCAUGCUCACCCAACUCCCCCUGCAGCACCAGUGCAGGGGCAGCAACAGUUCCAGAGGCUGAAGGUGGAAGAUGCCCUCUCCUACCUUGACCAAGUGAAGCUGCAAUUUGGCAGCCAGCCUCAAGUCUACAACGACUUCUUGGACAUCAUGAAGGAGUUUAAAUCUCAAAGCAUUGAUACUCCAGGAGUGAUUAGCCGGGUGUCUCAGCUGUUCAAAGGCCAUCCUGAUUUGAUCAUGGGUUUCAACACUUUCUUGCCACCUGGCUACAAAAUUGAAGUGCAGACUAACGACAUGGUGAAUGUAACGACACCAGGGCAGGUUCAUCAGAUCCCGACCCACGGCCUCCAGCCCCAGCCUCAGCCCCAGCCCCAGCCCCAGCAUCAGCAUCAGUCUCAGCCAUCAGCACAGUCUGCCCCAGCCCCAGCACAGCCAGCACCACAGCCAACACCUGCCAAGAUCAGCAAGCCAUCCCAGCUACAGACACAUACACCAACCAGCCAGCAGACUCCCCCAAUCCCCUAUGCAUCCCCUCGCUCUCCACCAGUCCAGCCCCAUGCACCUGUGACAAUCUCUCUUGGAUCCACACCAUCCCUCCAGAAUAACCAGCCGGUUGAGUUUAAUCAUGCCAUCAACUACGUCAAUAAGAUCAAGAAUCGUUUCCAGGGACAGCCAGACAUUUACAAGGCUUUCUUGGAGAUCCUCCAUACCUAUCAGAAAGAGCAGCGGAAUGCUAAGGAAGCAGGAGGCAACUACACACCGGCACUGACUGAGCAGGAGGUCUAUGCCCAGGUGGCCCGUCUUUUCAAGAACCAGGAAGAUCUGCUCUCGGAGUUUGGGCAGUUCCUGCCAGAUGCAAACAGCUCUGUGCUUUUAAGCAAGACAACUGCAGAGAAAGUGGAGUCUGUGAGAAAUGACCAUGGGGGCACAGUCAAGAAGCCCCAACUUAACAGCAAGCAGCAAAGACCUAAUCAGAAUGGCUGUCAGAUCCGGCGGCAUGCUGCAACUGGGACGACUCCUCCAGUGAAGAAGAAACCAAAGCUGCUCAGUUUGAAGGACCCUUCAGUGGUAGAAGCUGGAAAACACGGGACAGAAUCUCUGUUCUUUGACAAGGUUCGAAAAGCUCUGCGAAGCACAGAAGCAUAUGAGAAUUUCCUCCGUUGCCUGGUCAUUUUUAAUCAGGAGGUGAUAUCUCGAGCUGAGCUUGUACAGUUAGUUUCUCCAUUUUUGGGGAAAUUCCCAGAGCUGUUCACUUGGUUUAAAAACUUUCUGGGCUACAAAGAGUCUGCACACAUGGAGACUUUUCCUAAGGAACGGGCUACAGAAGGGAUAGCAAUGGAAAUAGACUACGCUUCUUGUAAGAGACUUGGCUCUAGCUACAGAGCCUUGCCGAAGAGCUACCAGCAGCCCAAGUGCACUGGUCGGACUCCAUUGUGUAAGGAGGUUUUGAAUGACACCUGGGUCUCAUUUCCAUCCUGGUCUGAAGAUUCCACGUUUGUGAGCUCCAAGAAGACUCAAUAUGAAGAGCACAUCUACCGGUGUGAGGAUGAACGAUUUGAGCUGGAUGUUGUCUUGGAGACCAACCUAGCGACCAUCAGAGUCCUAGAGACGAUACAGAAGAAACUCUCACGCUUAUCAGCUGAGGAGCAGGCCAAAUUCCGGCUGGACAACACUUUGGGCGGCUCCUCAGAAGUUAUUCAUCGCAAGGCAUUGCAGAGGAUAUAUGCUGACAAGGCAGCUGACAUCAUUGAUGGGCUUAGAAAGAACCCAGCCGUCGCAGUGCCUAUUGUGUUGAAAAGGUUAAAAAUGAAAGAGGAGGAGUGGAGAGAAGCCCAGAGAGGAUUCAACAAAGUGUGGCGGGAACAGAAUGAGAAAUACUAUCUGAAGUCCCUUGACCACCAGGGCAUCAACUUUAAACAAAAUGACACCAAGGUCUUAAGAUCAAAGAGCCUUCUUAGCGAGAUUGAGACUAUUUACGAUGAGAGGCAGGAGCAGACUUCUGAAGAUAACAUUGGCCCUCACCUGUCCUUAGCCUACGAAGAUAAACAGAUCCUGGAUGACGCUGCCUCUCUAAUUAUCCACCAUGUGAAGCGGCAGACAGGCAUCCAGAAAGAGGACAAAUACAAAAUCAAGCAGAUCAUGUAUCACUUCAUCCCAGACCUGCUGUUUGCUCAGCGAGGCGAGCUGUCUGAUGUGGAGGAGGAGGAAGAGGAAGAGAUGGAUGUGGAUGAAGGCUCGGGGGCCAUGAAAAAGCACAAUGGUGUGGGGGGUAGCAGCCCUCCUAAAGCCAAGCUGCUCUUCAGCAACACAGCAGCCCAGAAGCUGCGUGGAAUGGAUGAAGUCUACAACCUGUUCUAUGUCAACAACAACUGGUACAUUUUCCUCCGUCUCCACCAGAUCCUCUGCUUGCGGUUGCUGCGAAUAUACAACCAGGCUGAACGGCAGAUUGAAGAGGAGAAUCGGGAAAGGGAGUGGGAGCGGGAUGUGCUGGGUGUCAAGCGUGACAAGAGUGACAGCCCUGCCAUCCAGCUCCGGUUGAAAGAGCCAAUGGAUAUCGAUGUGGAAGAUUACUACCCUGCUUUCCUAGACAUGGUGCGGAACCUGUUGGACGGCAACAUGGACUCUUCGCAAUAUGAGGACUCUCUUCGCGAGAUGUUCACCAUCCAUGCCUACAUUGCCUUCACCAUGGACAAGCUGAUUCAGAGUAUUGUUAGACAGCUUCAGCACAUUGUGAGCGACGAACUCUGUGUACAGGUGACAGAACUGUACCUGGCUGAGAACAGCAAUGGAGCUACCGGAGGUCUGCUGUCAUCACAGUCAUCUCGGUCCCUUGUGGAGACAGCAUACCAGCGCAAAGCUGAGCAGCUAAUGCAAGAUGAGAACUGCUUUAAGUUGAUGUUUGUUCAGAGCAGAGACCAUGUUCAGCUAACUAUUGAGCUGCUUGACACAGAAGAGGAGAACUCUGAUGACCCUGUUGAGGCUGAGCGUUGGACCGACUAUGUGGAUCGGUACGUCAAUUCAGAUUCUACCUCUCCUGAACUACGGGAGCAGCUGGCCCAGAAGCCAGUAUUUCUGCCAAGCACGAGCAGUGUGAUGGAUUUUGAGGAGCAGGCCCCACGAGCCACAACGUCCAGCCCGAUGAGGGAGGCGGGUGCUAAUUCCAGCAGGGGCUCUCUGCUUUACAGGAACUUGAGGCGGAUCCGCAAGUGUCAGCGGGGUCGGGAGCAGCAGGAGAAGGACGGGAAGGAGGGUAUCAGCAAGAAGCCCUUGGAGAACGUGGAGAGCUUGGACAAACUGGAGUGCAAAUUCAAGCUCAACUCCUACAAGAUGGUGUACGUGAUCAAAUCGGAGGAUUACAUGUACAGGAGGACUGCUCUGUUGCGUGCCCAUCAGUCCCAUGAAAGGGUGAGCAAAAGGCUGCACCAGCGAUUCCAGGCCUGGGUUGACAGAUGGACCAAGGAGCACGUGACCCGUGAAAUGGCAGCUGAAACUAGCAAGUGGCUAAUGGGGGAGGGCUUGGAAGGCUUGGUGCCUUGCACCACUACCUGCGACACAGAGGACCUGCACUUUGUGAGCAUUAACAAGUACCGCGUCAAAUAUGGCACAAUAUUCAAGACACCCUAAACUCCAGGGGGAUAGGAAAAGGUCGAGUUGUGGGUGCACAUUUUGUGCAGGUUCAUCAAGGAAAACAAGGAAGAUGCCUUCCUCCCGCCUCCUCCCCAGCCCCUCGCUGUUAUCUCCGUAACAACAGCCACUUCUGGACUAAUUCAUAGCUGGUACAUCUUGUUGCCCCAGGGGGGCCACUUUUGGAAAUGUCCAUCCUGAGAAACAGAAGCUGGAACUGUUGCCCAGAGGCUGAGAUCACACGCAUGCUCCGUGCCACGAGGGGCGCUGAGGUGUCCGAGUCGCUGUAGAGAAGCCCAUCUUGCCUGUACACACACCAGCAGCGUUCUCCCAGCCACAUGGGCAUCAGUGACAACUGGGGGCUUUGAAUAGCCUGACAAUAUGUGGUGCAUUUGAACACCCCCUCCCCAAGAAGAAAAAGGAAAAAAAGUCUUGCAGCCAGAAUAUCUUGGUUGGGAAUCUCCUAAAUGCCCAUUCCCCGGCUUCAACAGGAGUAGACAGCAGACUUUCUGGAACCUUUCAUCGGCUCUCAGGGCUCAGCAGUCCAGAUGGCGGAAACAUUGGCUCUUGAGUUUGCUGCCCAUUCUCUUUUCUCUCCGGUUCCUUCCUUGCUAUCUGGGUGCCUGACUUAACACAAACCAUUUAAGAUCGGUCUGUCCUUUCCAGUGCCAGUGGAACGAUGUUUUUGUUUGGGGUUUUUGUUUUUUUUAACCUGCUUGUUUACUAGUCUCUCCUAGUGCCAUGCACCAGCUUUUCACACAAACACUUCCUCUCACCUACACAGUACCCCUAUACAGACGACACACGCUUUCACAAUAGCAACAACCUAUAUGAAACUGGUUUCCCCCUUCUUUCUUGUAAAUAAAUGUACAUACUUGUCAAUUUUUUUGUUUUUUAUUAAAGAAAAAGUAUGCUUGAUGUGCUAGUAUAACUAUACUAGCUUCUUGUGUACCUUAGUACCAGGUGGCUUCAGGUUCAGGUUUUAGUAGCUACAGAUGAGAGUGACAGAGACAUUUUUAUUACACUUUCUACCAAAGGGAGUUAUCAUUGUAGUGCUUUGUGUGGAAACUUGUUCCUUUUU